AACUGCCACCCCUUUAAUGUUUCCUGUCAGUUUGUGGCACGCCCGUUUAGCUGUGGUUGCUCACUGAUUUAUGUGUGUUGACUUAGUUGAGUUAGUUAUUUAGGGAAAAACUAUGAAGCAGAUUCUAAUUCUACUUUUGGUGUUGGCAGGUGUAACUCGAGCUGCUGAGACUAACUGUUGUGAGAAUCAGAGCUCAUGUCUGUGCUCUGUUGCUCCUGGAGGAUGUGUGUACGUCCAGGUGAUGACCAACGCAAGCGACCAUCAGGUGCGGUGUAAGAAACAGCUUCCCAGUGGACUCGUGAAUGUUUUCACCAUGAAGAAAGAAAAGGUGACGAUAUAUGGAGCCUUUAGAAACAGAACACAGUUCUUCAUCUACAACGGGACGUUCAAGAUCACAAACGUGGAGAGGAAUGACUCAGGUCUCUACAUCAUAGAGGCCUUCGAUCCAAAUGGGGUCCUCGUGAGAAACAUAAACGUUGAGCUGGAUGUUCAAGAACACGCUUCUUCCAUCCUGAUCCCGGCCUCAGCUGGAGUGGCUGCUCUACUCCUACUGAUACUGCUUGUUUUGGUUUGUUACUGUGUGUGCAAGCGUAAUAGAAAGUCAGGUGUGGAAACCUACUGUGAUGGCAGACAGAAUGGAACUCAGUGUUAUGGAGCUUUGGGAGGAACUGUGGUGAUCCGGACUGGGUCAGCAGAGGCCGGACAGUGCGGAGACAUGGAGGUUGUGUUUGGACUGUUGCUGAUGCUGCUUGGAGUCUCUCAUGGUGUGGAAACCUACUGUGAUGGCAGACAGAAUGGAACUCAGUGUUAUGGAGCUUUGGGAGGAACUGUGGUGAUCCAGCUGACGAACAGCAUCUCGACAAGAUUUAAAUUCUUUAAAAACAACAGAACUCUAUUUUCCUGGCGUCGUCAUAAAAUUGAAUCUAAUGACGGAAAAAACAAAUUCAUCUUCACUCACACUAAUGGAACAUUGAGGAUCAAUAGCCUGAGCCAGAAUGACACUGAUAUAUAUGAACUCAUAACAUAUAAUUCAGACGGAAUACGUUUAGAGGUGUGGACUCUACACUUGUCUAUUCAAGCUCCGGUGUCCUCUGUCCUGCUGGUCUCUGAGUGUCUGUCCCAGGGAGAGAGGAGAGUGUCCUGCUCCUCUUUGGAAGGGGACAGGCAACAGUACAACUGGACUCUGGAUGGACACACACUGAAAGACACUGAGCUCCUCGCUGGAAAUCAUGAGACGGACAACAUCACUCUGAAACAACACGUGUCCGGACUUCUGGUCUGCUCAGUCAGGAAUCACGUCAGCCACGUCUCCAUGGAAGAGAGGAUUUCUACCUGCGGCUUCAUCUUCAUUAAUUGCACCAUAUCCAAUGAGACACACAUAUCAGAGUGGGUGUUUGCAGCAAAUAACACACUGUGUAUUGAGCCGACAACAACCCCUCCCACCGUCGCAGACACCACUGUGGGUAAGAAGACAACCAUUACAGUGUCAGUUAAACCCUCCAAUAAUAUCACAUCCUCCGGUCAAAAUGGAUCUUCCUUCAACAUAGAGGACCCAUGGUUCAUUAUAAUGGCUGGUGUACUCGCAGCACUGGUGACUCUCUUAGUGGUCGGGGGAGCUGUCAUCUAUGUUCAGAAGAAGAAGAAAAACAACACACCCAAGGGUACAAAAGAGGAAGCAGACGAGCAGGAACUAACCUAUGCUGAUGUCAUGGGGGUGCAGAGGAGGCAGGUGCAGCAGAUGGCUGAGGCGGAGGUGGAGUACGGCCAAAUCCAGUUUUCACAUCAACCUCGGCGGAUUGUUGAACCAACAGGAGAUGAGUGUGUGUACGCCAAGGUUCGUUAGAUCAGUGCUUUUACAAAUACCGCACCACUCAAGAUAGCGGGAGGAAGUGUUUGUCAAGAUGCUGAGAGGACUUUCAUGUUAAUCUAAUGCGAUUUCCCAAAAGGGAAACACAAUCCAUGAAGGUUGAUGUUUGUGAUUUUACUUCUGGGUUGUGACUGGACAUCAGAUCAUCCGGUCUUAUAGUGGUUAACUUUUCAGCUUAACUUUUUCCAUUGAGAGCCUGAGGAGGUUACAUGGACAAAUCAGUUCCAUCAUUUGAAUCACACAUAUUUUUCCCCCCUGAUUAUUUAAUAAAAAGCAUUUUUUGUUUCUUGUUUUCAUUUCUCCCCUUUUUUUUAUAUCAUUGUAACAAUGAUGUAACAGUGUAACAACUCUUUACAAUGUAUUUAGUAAUGAUUGGCAGACAUGAACAGUGAUCUCUGAAUAAAUGCCAUCAGUACGUUUAUCAUCUGUACAUCAUGUAAUAAUGACAACUUUUAACUUAAUGUGUGAGUUACUUGGAUUAAAAUAUGUUUAUUAAAUAUGUGGAGGAAAUAAAAGAGGAUCAAAGUA